AUGGCAUCCACCGCAGGAAAAGGUCCGUCGUCCUCUGACUUGAAGGAAUUAGUUCGAAAGCUAGCUAGAGAAGGUCCUGUCAAACAUGAACGAACUAGCAAGCAGAUCCGAUUACUCUUCAAUGGUGCCUUUGUCGCUGAUACAAAAGAUGCGCAGUGUGUCUGGGAACAUGACUACUAUCCUCAAUACUACUUGCCCAUGAAUGCUUUCUGUCAAUCAUCUGGCUAUGACAUCAAGACCAUCUUCGGCGAGGCUAUCAAAGACGACAAGACUGGCAAAACGCUCGGUGGUGAACUGAAGCUGGCUGUGCGACGCGAAAACACAGACGAAGAAUAUCGCACAAUCACAGAUAUGGUGUUGUUUGCCGCCGACCUGGAGGGUCCUAGCACAAUGCUGAAGGACCAUGUGAAGGUGUUGUUUAGUGCAAUUGAUCAAUGGUUCGAAGAGGAUACCCCCAUUUACGUUCAUCCAAAAGAUCCCUACAAGCGUGUUGACCUACUGCAGUCGAGCCAGCCAAUUCGAAUCACCAUCCCUAGUGGCAGCGAAGACGUCGUCCUGGCAGAGUCAGCUAGUUCGGUUCACUUGUAUGAGACCCUGCUUCCAGCACGAUACUACAUCCCUUAUACCUCGAUCAAAACGAUAUACUUGAGACCAAGCAAGACCACGAGUGAGUGUCCAUACAAAGGCACUGCCAAUUACGAUCAUAUCGUAAUUGCAGGAGAGCAACAUGACGAUCUAAUCUGGCAUUAUCGCGCACCAACCAUCGAGUGCGCUGCUAUUACUGGACUACGAUGUUUUUACAACGAGAGAGUGGAUGUAUGGUUCUUCGAAAAGUCGCAAUGGAUGAAGCAGCAACGACCUAAGACGCAUUUUGCAUAG